AUGGCAGACGCUACGUGUGCUGACGUACCCUCUGUGAAAAAAACAUGGAGCGCAUCCACCCUGACGUCUCCCCCAGAAACGUCUGUAAGACCACUGCCUGCAAAUUUGGGAAGCGUCGCUGAUGAGUUCCAGUCAGUGACGAUCUCUCCUUCACCAAUUGAACGCGACUUGCAACAGCGGAAUGCAGUGGAAUGUCCUACAGUGCAAUCGACAGAGCCACGCUCGCCUAGUGGAAAUUGGCACCCAAUCUCGCCCUCAAACUCAAUGACAUCGAAGAACUCGAAUAGUACUCUGUCAGUUCUAAGUGCUGCGGCUGCCUCACUCAAAGACAAGACGCAGCAGGUGGCACAGCAGCAGAAACGGGCUCUCUCCGCUUUCCAGCAGAAAGGAGGGCUUGUGAGUUGGCUUCAUGGCGAAAUGGAAGAUCCUGGCUCGAACGGUUCAUCAAUCGAGCAGAGACCUCUUGCUACUCUUGAUGUAUCGCCCUUCGUUAACACCAGCGAGUUGUGCACCCCACCGAGUCCGUGUUCACCGGUCGAAACAUCUCUUGCUGGCCGACGUCACUCAGUACCAAAUUUACGAUCCAAUUCCCUGCUUGAUAACUUUUUGGAUAAAAUAGCUGCAGUCACGACGUCAACCCCAUCAUCUCCUCAUGCUCAUGCUACAGUAGAACCCCGACCAACAGUUGCAAGCACCAAGCCCUCAGUAUCUUCUUCCGGUGCUUUAACCUCUCCAAAAAUUGGUCGUCAGCGAGCUGCUACGACAGAUUUACCAACCAGUCCUAAGACAAAUACCAUCACUAAUGGAUCAAUCUCGAAAGCCCAAUCUUCUGCGUCUCUCAGCUCGCCACUCUCUCAACCAGAAACACGUUUUUCACUGGACAACGUGUUAUCGGAUGAGUGGAGCUGCUCGGUGCUAUGGGCUCAUCUGUACAGCUCUGCUGCUGGCCGGGACCAUCAGCAUCAUCAGCGCUUAAGUUUUUUGAUCGAAACCACAUUCCGGAUAACGCCACUCUUCCAAAAAUUUGCAGGAUCCGACGAAUCUACAGACAAAGAAAUGGACUUCAAGAAGUUCGUAACAAGUUUAAAGCGACUACACUCCCGCUUCCUCGUGCAGAAUGGAGUAAACAAUGGGGUUCCCGUGGCUUCUCCUGCUGCAAUUCAGGCCAAGACUCAACUCUCCAUUGCGAUACACACCCUAACCGAUCAAAGGAUGCCCGAUAGCGAAAAAGUCGAUAUCCAUGUUGAGAAGACAAUCUCCGCACUUCUUCAGUUGGCUCGUGAGGUUGAACGAGAGUUUCGUGUGCUUGGUACCAGAAGCUACGUCAAUUUUGCGGACAGCGUACUGUAUCGCAACUUUAUUGCUCAUCGAUCUGGCUCUGGUAACAUUGCACUUGUGCUGCGUGCUGCUCGUAUUCCAUUCUAUCAACAGCCUAACGCAGAAAACACUGUGUGUCUGGAACUGCUUAGAGCAGAACAAAACGAAGAUCCUUUAACUCUAUUUGCCCGAGCUGGAUGUCAAGUAUUUACUAUCACGUUACAGCCCGAUUACUCCGUCAACUUCACUGAUAUUUCACCGUAUACAAGCGGCGUAGUGUUACAGCAAGUUGCUCUUCAUACGAUCGCGCCAUUCUUAAAUCCAUCCACGAGUGUUAACCCUGCAGGUUCCAAGGCUUUAGCAUUCAACUUUAUCGCUGGCAGUGGCACUAACGUCAUCUACGGUGCAGUCAUGUGGUUGCCAGUAGAGCAGAGCAACAUGCUGGGGGUUAACGACAUGCCUAGUGGUCUUUGCAUCAUCUCCAAAUUUCCCCUCGUAGAUUCCAUGCGUCAUUUUCUUUGCGAAUUAUGGAGUGACAUAAGUACCAACGCUGAUGUUAACGAUCGUUCUGCUCAAGUUACAAAGGCGUCACUUGCCAUGAGAACUCAAUUCUUCAUCCAACCAAGCGAUCAGCUCCCGGUUCUUGAUUUUAAACUUGACGAUCUCUUCGACUGUUUAUCGUUGACGAACGUACUUCGACUGUUUGCUUUCAUUUUAUUAGAGAAAAAGAUCGUUCUGGUGGCUUCGAGCUACACAAUUCUAUUCUGUGUAAGUGAAGCACUGAAAGCGUUGCUUCAUCCGCUCGUGUGGAGUCACGUGUACGUCCCCGUGUUGCCACUAGGUCUCAAAGACUGUCUCCAUUGCCCCACACCUUUCAUUUUCGGACUGCACGAGUCCUACGUUCGUCGCAGCGACAUGCCGAGACCUUCACAUGACUUGGUUGUAGUCAAUUUGGACCGUGACUCCCUUACAGGUGGAGGGGAUGUAUUCUUGCCUCCUGUACGGCAAACCAUGAUGCGAGAAGAACUUUUUCGUCUCUGUAAACCUCAUUUGGCUAGUCGAGACAGUGUGGACAAUUUUGAUGCUGGAAAGUAUAAUUUGGGAGCUUUGCCUACUGCUGCUAUCGGUCGGGUAUUCCAUAAACACGUACGAGAAAUUCUGGCAUCACUGGAGCCAUGUGUCAAUCGGUUUGAGUUUAAUGGCCAAAGUGUGUCGGUAGUAGACAACGAUAAUUCGAGUUUGUGGCCUGCUGACACUGUGCGAUUCUGCUCCGCUAUGCUGCAUACACAAGCUGUGUCCACAUACCUCGCCUGUUCUCGAUCGGAUGAAAUGGAAAAAGUAGAACGCAUCUUCAUGUGAAUUUCUCAAUACUAAACAAAUUAUCUGCUAGUUUUUUUUAUCGAAAAAAAAAACUUAGAUGAUGCAUAGAUAAUUAGCUGAAUCUCUGUUUCCUGUUUGAGCCUCUUCAUUCGACGCCGUAUUUGUCUUUGAGGUCCUGCAGCUCUUGUUUCUGCUUGUUAAUGUCCACUGCACCCUUACGUUGCUGCAUCUUGUUGGCCUGGUAGUACAGCACAA